UUCAUACACAUCUACUCUUCCACUGAUUGGGUGACUCAUUUCUUCCAAAACCCAUUUUAGGGUUCCCUCAUAUAAAGUAAUCUCAUCUGGCUUUUCUUGUCUCUCUCCUUGAGUUUUCUUACAAAGUGUCUUGCUUUGCUUUAUAUUUGUAUAUAAGAGGUUUACGCAAUAAAAAUACAAAAUCAAGAAGAAAAAGGAGAACAUGAAUUGUCUGUUCAUGUUCAAGUCGAAGAAACCUAAAUCAAGAAGAGAUCUCAAGAAAGAAAACAAAGACAAAAGAGGAAGAGAACUAUUACAAAAGUCAGCUCCAGAUUUAUCAACAACAAGAAAGAACCAAACGUCCUCUACUUCGUUAAGCCUCCCAACACCAAGAUCUCUGCCGUCUCCAACAAGUAUAAGAGAAUUGUACACAGAAAGGCAGCAAAAUCGAAACCUGAGGGUUUUCUCUUACAAGGAACUCAGUGAAGCCACGUGUGGGUUUGACAGAAAGUUUCAGAUAGGGGAAGGUGGGUUUGGUAAUGUUUAUAAAGCCACCAUUAACAAUCCCACCGGUGGAGAUUCUUAUUCUGUUCCACAUACCGUCGCCGUUAAGAGACUCAAAAAACAAAGUCAACAGGGGCACAAGCAAUGGCUUGCUGAGGUUCAGUUAUUAGGCGUUGUUAAUCACCCAAACGUAGUGAAGCUCUUAGGAUAUUGCUCAGAGGACACAGAGAGGCUUUUGGUUUAUGAGUUAAUGUCUAAUCUAAGCUUAGAGGAUCAUCUCUUCACUAGAAGAACCCCAACUUUGCCGUGGAAACAAAGGCUUGAGAUCAUGCUAGGUGCAGCUCAAGGAUUGGCUUAUUUGCAUGAAAUCCAGGUAAUAUACAGAGACUUCAAAUCAUCAAACGUGCUUUUGGACGAUGAUUUUAAUCCGAAAUUAUCAGAUUUUGGUCUGGCAAGAGAAGGUCCCGAAGGAGACAAUACUCAUGUUACAACCGUAAGAGUUGGAACCGACGGCUAUGCGGCUCCGGAGUACGUAGAAACCGGACAUCUCAGGAAACACAGCGAUGUAUAUAGCUUUGGGGUUGUUCUGUACGAGAUCAUCACUGGUCGUCGAACAAUCGAGAGAAUGAAACCUUCGGCUGAAAAGAUUCUUCUAGACUGGGUCAAACUAUAUCCAGUUAAUAGCAAAAGCUUUAGAGUGAUCGUUGACUCGAAGCUACAAAGCAAGUAUCCAGUUGCUUUGGUCAGCAGAGUGGCUAAACUGGCUGAUCUUUGUCUGAAGAAGAACGAUACAGAGAGGCCCACCAUGGCUUUUGUCGUUGAAAGUCUUAGUAAGAUCAUUGAAGAAUCAAAUACCGGAGAUAUGAGAAGUUCUAUUAGAGAAUCUACCAGAGGGGUUAUGAGAGCAUAGAUGAUUAUCUUUCUUUAGAGUAGUGGAGAAUAAUUAUGGUUUCUUUGCCUUAUUUUCAAAACAAAAUGAUGUGGUUAAUGUGCAUAAAUAUGAAGGGUGAGAGAAGUCCAAGUAGUACUGUAGUAAUGCUAAGCCAACUAUAAGUUAUAA